UGACCUGAAAAUGCACACCACGCCCCUCAGUACUAUAGGGAAGAAUAUUACCGUGUAAAACUGUGUUGCAUCGUUGAUUUCUCUUGAAUGGAUAUUCAUGUAUUAUCGUGAUUUAUUUGUACUUUAUGUGGUUUUCAGUGUUUUUGAUGGAUUGAGAGGUUGUAGCAAAUGAAUUUAGUUUUAUGACAUUUAACUUGAUAAAGGAUCUUUAGGUGGCAGAUUCAAUUAGAAGAAACAACGGACUAGCAACAUGGCUAAUAAUACAACAGCAUCACCUCUAGGUGGAUCAGGAUGUAUGACAAUAGAUGUUUAUAACUACACCUGCUCAAAUGCUAUGAUCUUACCCAUAAUCAACGAAUACACAUGGUCAGCAGGGACUAGAACUUUCUUGUACUUGAUUGCUAUGCUAUGGUGCUUUCUCGGGGUGGCCUUGAUUGCAGAUGUCUUCAUGUGUUCAAUUGAGAAGAUCACCUCAAAAACUGCCAAGGUCAGAAUUCCAGACCAAAACGAACCGGACGGAUUUAAAAUGAUUGAAGUGAAAGUCUGGAAUGAUACAGUUGCAAAUCUUAGUCUGUUGGCGCUUGGAACCAGCGCUCCUGAAAUAUUACUGUCGGUCAUAGAAAUCGUCGGCAGGAAGUUUGAGGCCGGAGAACUGGGACCCGGCACCAUUGUAGGGUCAGCGGCUUUUAACCUUUUGGUUAUAUCAGCGAUAUGCAUCUUCUCUAUCCCAGAUGGGGAGACUCGCAGAAUUGCCAAUAUGCGAGUUUUCGGAUUAACAACUUUUAGUUGUAUUUGGGCCUAUGUCUGGCUAUCACUCGUCAUUCUAGUUAUUUCUCCAGGGGUGGUGGAUAUUGUGGAAGCCGUCAUCACUUUCUUAAUGUUUCCUGCGCUUAUUAUUGGAGCAUAUCUUAUUGACAAGAGACCUUGCAUGAAGAAAGAAGAAGCUGUUGAAAAUGGAAUGGUCGGAAUUUCUUUGGAGGGUUAUGCAAAUGAACCAUUGACAACAGCCCAAACCACAGACAUUGCCAUAAUACCUAAAGAAGAGAAAAAGCCCGAAGUCACCGAAGAGGAGAACCGUGAAUCGAAUAAAAAACUUCUCAAACUAGCGAAGGAACUCGGCCAUGAGUCUUUGGACCAGGGCAUACCACCAGAGGAGGCCGCCAAAAUUGUGGCAGCCAAGCUGACUGAGAAAGAGCACCACAGCCGGAUGUGGUACCGCAUUAACGCCACAAGAAACAUGUCAGGUGGCAAGAAGCUGGUUCCUCAGGUCUACUCGGCCUUCAAAGAUUUGUAUGAUCAAACUCAGUUACCCGAGGAAGAAAAAGCAGAGGGUAAAAUGGCAGUGAUGACUAAAGAUCACACCGCGGGAGGAACGAAGGCCGUGGUGGAAUUCACUGCGGCCACCGUUUCAGUUCUGGAAAGCGAAAAGAAAGUUCGUAUUGGCAUAAGAAGAUACGGCAAAAUGGACACCCCUCUCACAGUCCGUGUGGAGACUAUAAACGGUACGGCCACAGCACCAGAGGAUUACAUUCACCUAGAGGAGAACGUACAUUUUGCCAACAAUGAGGCUCUUCGUCAGCUGUAUGUCGAAAUUAUAGACGAUAAUGAGUGGGAACCUGACGAGUUUUUCUUUGUUAAACUGUCCCUUCCUGAGGCCGAGGAGAACGAAGACAUUGUCCUCGGCAAUAUCUCCAUCACACAAGUCACUAUCAUCAAUGAUGAUGAACCCGGAAAAUUGGAAUUUGCCAAACCCAGCAUCAUCGCAAAGGAGAGUAGCAGACGUGUUCGAAUUCCAGUCAACCGUAUCAAUGGCGCUGAUGGUCACGUGUCUGUUGCCUGGAAAACACGUGACAUCACCGCUAUCAGUGGAAAAGACUAUGCAGGUGGAGAAGGGGUGCUGAAGUUUGAUCACGGAGAGACUUGUCGUACAAUCGAUAUCGAGAUAUUUGACAGCAUGAAACCAGAAAGAGACGAAAGUUUCCAAGUGGAACUUGGAGAAUGCGAUGGAGGAGCAGAGCUUGCUAAAAUCAGGAAAACAAUUAUUACUAUCGUCAAUGAUGAAGAAUUUAACGGUUUGGUGAGUAGGAUAGUCAACUUGACAAAAGCUAACAUGGAUGCUCUUCAGCUGGAGGAUUCUACUUGGGUCACUCAAAUGAAAAACGCCAUGAACGUCAACGGCGGAGACAUAGAGAACGCUACUUUCAUCGACUAUUUACUGCAUUUCCUCACUUUCUUUUGGAAAAUUCUUUUUGCGCUGGUGCCACCCCCAAAGUACCUCGGCGGAUGGCCUGCAUUUAUCUGUUCUCUAUCCGUUAUUGGUAUAAUGACCGCUAUUAUUGGAGAUCUUGCCAGUUUGUUUGGAUGUCUCGUAAACUUAAAGGACAGUAUCACUGCCAUUACGUUCGUUGCUUUGGGAACCAGUAUGCCGGAUACGUUUGCCAGUAAACAAGCUGCCGUUGGAGAGAAGACAGCCGACAGCUCAGUUGGAAAUAUCAACGGAAGUAAUUCUGUUAACGUGUUCCUGGGUCUGGGUUUACCCUGGCUCAUGGCCACAAUUUACCACAUGUCACAAGGGACAGUAUUCAAAGUUCCACCAGGAUCUCUCGGAUUUUCCGUUAUUCUCUACACAGCGUGUGCUAUAGUCGCCGUUCUCUUGCUGAUAGCGCGGAGAUUCCUUAAGCCUUUCGGACAAGCAGAGCUAGGAGGGCCGAAGGGGAUGAAAAUCUUGAGUGCGCUGAUCAUGGUGUCGUUAUGGGUUUUCUACAUUUUAUUUUCGGCUUUAAAUGCAAUGGGAGUUAUUAACGUUCAAAUUGGUUAAUUAUUUUAUUAAAGAAUUUUUAUUUAAAACUUGGAAAUAUUUUUCAUUAUGUACUUAAUUUAAAUCAGAGUGGCAUUAGAUUUACUCUAGUUUAAUAACUAGCAACUAAAACAAUUUCAUCAGAUUUCCAGUGUAAUUAUUUUCCUCUUCAACUUUUGCAAAGAAGUUCUCGUAUUUUCCUUAUAAUACAUCUGAGUAUAUUUAAUCUCAAUAUUAUUUUUUAUUUUAAAAAGAAUAUUACUGGCGUACUUUUCAUACCGUUCAUUAAUGUGAUAUUAUUUUUAAUUCUACUUGUAUCUCUUGGUGGGGAUAUUUUCAAAUCAAUUAUUGUUCAAGUUAAAUAAUCUUAAAAGCUUAUUCAUGACCUGACCUGAUACUAAAAACAUGUAAUGUUUACAUGUUAUUUUUUGCUAUUUUUUUUUUCUAAAGCAACUUUUUUUGCUUUUAUACAGAUAUACUUUGUUUAUAUUUUUAUAACUCUUUUUUUUUAUUUUGCUUGCUUGUUUUGAUGUCUACAUGUAUGUCUUCAGUAUUUUAUUGAAAUUUCAAAGAGUAUGAAAAAAAUUCCUAUUUUGAAAAUUGGCUGUGAUUUGACGUAUGAUUAUUUUGUGAUUUUUUUUCUCAUUGUUUUAAACCUUUGACAUGAAAACAGAAAUUUAUACUGUGACAUUGUACAUCUAAAUGUGCUGGUUUUGCAGCUAAGCAGAUCUGCAUCGACGUGUAAAUACGAGUUUAUUGUUUAUGAACAAAUUAAAUGUAUGUAAAGCUAUCGCUGAAUAAAUCUUUUGUACUGUGUAUUUUUAUAAGUAAUAUUAAGUGAUAAUACUUGUAGAUUAAGAUAAUGUUAACACGUAUAUAUAAUUGUAAAAUAAAUUAUUCUAAUAAA